GAAGCUCUUACCCAAGCAACUUCAUCAGUAAUCCUGUUUGAUCCUUUGCGGAGUGACACCAGCAUUGCUGCAUUCAAGGCAUUGUCAAAAAUUAUUAAAUCUUCUAUUGGUCCUCAUGGCAAGCUCAAGAUUAUGCAAAAUGCUGAUGGAGGCCACGUGAUCGUAACUUCCUCAUCUCAACGACUUUUCCAAAGUUUAUCCAUAAAAAAUACAAUUCUCAAAUUAAUAGUAUCCUCUGUAAAAUCACAUUUAAAAAUAUAUGGCAAUGCUGGUUUAACUUGCACUUUGUUGAUUCUUGAACUGAUUCAAAAUUCUAUUCAUUCAACUUACUCUUUGCCUUUAGUUGGAAAGCUUUAUCAGAUGUUUGGAAAACUUUAUAUCGAUUGCUUGAAUUUAGCUAAUGGCAGUCUAUGGGACUUGAACUUAUCUAAUUUAUCACAUUUACAAUCUUUUAUAUAUUCCAUUCUAAAUACAAAACCUGGAUGCUUAUUGACAGAAGAUAACGAGAGGCAUAUUUGUACGUUAUUGUUAAAAGCAUUUUUGAGUACAAUACCAAGUUCAGGAUCUACAGUUUAUGCUAAUAUAUUCAUUUUGUUACUUUAGAAGGCGUUCAUGCUAUGCAGUCCAGACUGUUUGCUGGCUUGCUAGUAAAAUUUGAAGCUUCUCAUGUUAUACUGCAGAAAUUAAAAACAACCGAGAAUUUGAAAGUUGUAUUACUAACUUUUUCUCUAUCAAGUGAUUUUGAUUUUCCAACAACUUCUAUUGAAACGGAUUGUGAGGUAUCGGUUUGGGAAAUGACUCUUAAAUAUUUGCAGAGUUUCAUUGAAAUUCUCAUGCGUAUAGAUAUCAAUGUUGUUGCUUGCCAAAAAGUUAUUCAUCCAAAACUGAGAAAAAUUCUGGAAGAUAAUAACAUAUUAGUUUUAGAAAGGCUUGGAUCCGAAGUGUCAAGAAAUUUACAAUUGCUUGGAGUACCUGCAAUUUCUCAUACUGUCCCCUCAGCAGAAGUAAAAUAUGGCAUUGUUUCUGUUUCUGAAGAGAAAAUUGGAAAGUCUUUCUUUUUAUUGCUGAAAAAUAAAGAAAAGCCAUUUUCAACAAUACUUAUUUGCAAUUAUAAUGAAGAAACUGUGUUAGAAACAAAGGCUGUCUGCAAGCAGAUUAUUAACGCUUUGUUUCGAUUACUAAAGAGUCAAAAAGUUUGCUGUGGAGCUGGCUGUACAGAAAUUUUCAUUUGUCACAUUGUAGAAAUGCAGGUAAAAGCAAAAUUAAUUGAACUGUCUGAAGAGAUGAGAUGCAGUACUGCACAAGUGCUGCAUGUACUCAAAACAUUUUUGCAAAGUGUUUACAAUUUAUCACUCUCCUAUCAUCAAGGAUCUCUACUCAAUUUUGUUACUGAAAUGAAAUUUAAGCAUUUAUGGAAAAUACAGCCAAAUGGCGAAUUUCCAAACGGAAAUAUCAAGUGCAUGUGUGGUAAAUACUCUGCUGAAUCAGUUGAUCAGACUAUGUGGAAAGUUUUUAAUUAUACAGCUUGUGACAGUAGCCCAAAUUUUAUAAAUGAAGAUGUAGGUGACAAAAAGACCAAUUCUGUGAUUUUGGAUGAACUUAGUUGUAAAAUCAAUGCUCUAAAUGUGGCUUUUGAAUGUGCUUCUAUGCUUCUGAGAACUUCUGUAUGUAUUUCCUGUCCAGUAUAAUUUUUCGAACAAUAAAUAUUCUAAUUU